AUGCAGUAUUUAAUAUUAUUUAUUAUGAGCAUCAUAUGUGCUCAGUGUAAUAUGUUAGAUGUAUAUCCUGGCUAUGGAUGGGACGAUCUAAGACAUGUGGAUAUGAGUUCAGUAUUUAACGUACUGAACUUCGAGAAUACUCAUCUUAAUGAAAAAUGUAUACAAGUGUACCCUGUACGGGAACAAAAAAUGGAACUAGUUUCGUCAAUUAUCGACGUAUUCGACAGUUAUGAGACAGAUUACUCGUCUGAUUUAUUUGUUGGAGGUAGUGCCAGCUACAUGGGUUUUAAAGUGAGCGGCUCGUAUUCACAAAAUUAUCAAUCGUCGAAAAAACUACAACGCGAAGAAAACACCAUUAUUCUUCGCAAUCAUAUCGACUUUAUAAUGUCGGAAGUUUUAAUGUCACCAUCAUGUGAAUUACAUGCUGAAGCCAAGAAAAGACUUGUAGAUAUAGCUAAGUACGAAACGAACAAUCAGUCAGCAAUGGCUACAUAUGCUGCCCAAUUGUUUGUCAAAGAGUACGGCACGCAUUACACUAAUCGCUUACGCUUAGGUGGUUCAAUAGCUCAGGAUGAUCAUAUACAAAGAUCGACUUUUAAGACAAACGACAGUUCAAGCAAAAGCUAUCAAGCAGCAGCUGAGGCAUCGUUUCACUUUACAUUUAGUUUGUCAGCAAAAUUUGCUUCGAGUUCAAGGACUGAUGACAGUUCUGUUCAUGAAGCCCGAAAAGAGUUUACUCGAAAAGUGGUUCAUUCCAGAGGCGGUCGUGUAUCUGUAUUAAACAGUUCGAUCGAAACAUGGCAAGCUUCGAUUGAAGAAGCACCCGUUAUUGUCCAACGUGGUAUAGAAAAUUUAACUUAUAUUGUUCAACCCUAUCUACUUCCUGAACUUUCAAAUAAAGAACUUGUACUGGUAAGAGAAAAAUUGAAUACAGCUAUAGAAACAUUCAUUCAAAUGAAUUUACAUUAUGGAUGUAUGAAUCGAAAUUCUCCAUCAUUUAACUGGAUUGCUAAUGUAAAUGAUAGUUCAUGUGAACUACCGAAAGAAAAUUGGCAAUUGGGUGGAUUCAUCCAAACAUGCAUAGAAGAUCAUCGUUUAAAUCCAAAAUGUCAAAAUUUUAAAAUGUUGAAUUAUUAUACAGAAACAGAUCAGUGUCCAGUAGGUUUUAUUCGACAUCAUUUGCAUAAAAAAAUCCAAAAAGAAAGUAUUUAUCGAAGAGAAUGCCGAAAAUGUCAUUUUCUUUGGUUAGACACUUGUUGUACAAGUUAUUUUGAGGGCAUUGGUACAAGAACAAUAGACUUAUAUGAUUGUGUAAGCGAAAGUAAACAAUUCAGAUCAAAAAUAGGCUCUUUGAAAGUUGCCAACAACUACGUUUUUGGAGGUUUCUUCACACCGAAUAAACUUAAUCCAAUAACAGGUGUUUCAAAAUGUCCAAAUGAAGUUUUUAGCCAAGUAUCUGUGAAAAACAGUGAUAUCUCGAUUUGUAUAAGUAAACAAGUUUCUAAUAUCGAUAAUUUGCCUCAUUAUGGUGGAAUGUAUUCAUGUCAGAAAGGAAAUGCCAUGAAUUCAAAUAAGAAGCAAUGUCCAAUAUCUUAUAGUAGUCACGUGAUUAGUGCAUUAGACGGAGAUUGUUUAUUGUAUAUAUGUUUAAAAUUUGACGAAAUUCCUGAAGUAAAACGAUUACCAUCGAUCAUUUUACCUCCAUUUUUUACAAUACCUCUGUUUAAUGAAACAUCAAUGGAUGUUUACACUGUAAAUCUAACAGACAUUGAUCCAAAUACAACAGCUAUAGGCACUUCAUCAAAGAGCAAUGGAAUUACUUAUGAAGUAUCAAUUGCAGUUGGAUGUAUUGGAUCAAUAGUAUUAAUCUUGGUGAUUUUAUUUACAAUUAAAAAGAAACAACAAUGCAAAGCAAAAGACACUAAAAAAAUAUAUGAUAAGAUAUAA